UAUAUUCUUAUGUUUGGCAUAUAUGUUAUCCUGUCCCUGGUAUUGGUUGGUAUCGGUUUCUUGUUUCAGUUUCAGAGGUCAGUUGUUUAUAAACUUGUUGUAGCUUCACUUAAGUGGAAGUCAAGAACAUGGCCUUACAACACUUUGCAGUCUAUAACAGAAUUUGCACUUCUAAAUUCUGACAGCAGAGUCUGUUGCUUUUUCGCUGUUUCGCACAAAUCACAAUUGCUUGAAAGAUGUCAUGGUCUUAUUUAUGAAUUUUCAGAUCCAAUUUAGAUGCAAUCCCAUCUAGGUGUUGCUGCCACCAAAGUUAACAGGAAGCACACUAGAUUCCUGCGAGAAUUAACUAUGACACAUCAGAAGUCACUGGAUGUUUCUACCACAAGUGAUGUUGCUGUGGAUACUCCACCAACUGAAAAUGCUUCGAAACGGUUGGUGCUUUAUAAUCCAGAAACUAGUAAACCAGGUCAAGUUGCUGUUGCAAUACUUGAUGCAACUGAAAAUGAGCAUACAUCCUUCAAGAGUUUUUUGGCAUCAAAUCCUUCUAGUAGGGUUUUGCCGUCUGUUGGAGCAUUCACAAUCCAGUGUGCUGCAUGCCUCAAGUGGAGGCUUAUUCUGACAAAAGAGAAGUACGAAGAAAUACGUGAAAAUAUACUACAAGAACCUUUUGUAUGUGACCGAGCUCGUGAUUGGCGUUCUGAUGUAUCCUGUGAUGAUCCCACUGAUAUUUCUCAAGAUGGAAGUAGGCUUUGGGCAAUUGAUAAGCCUAACAUUGCACAACCUCCUCCUGGCUGGGAAAGAUUGCUUAGGAUCCGGAGUGAAGGAAGCACCAGAUUUGCAGACAUAUAUUAUGUUGCACCAUCUGGGAAGAGACUCCGCUCAAUGGUUGAAGUGGAGAAGUACUUAGUGGAACAUUCAGAGUAUGUCAGAGAUGGGGUGAAUCUAUCUCAAUUUUCAUUUAUAAUCCCGAAGCCUCUUCAGGAAAACUAUGUUAGGAAACGCCCUGCUCGUCUCACUAGUACUGACAAUGCUGAAAGCAUUGAAGAAUAAGUUAUGUUAAUCGAAUGCAGCCAUUAUGCUCAAAUGCUUAUUUUGGAAGCCAUGGAGGAUGAUUGCAUGCUACACCUUUUACAAACCAUGUCAUCUAUAACCUUAUAAUUAUAUCCAUGAUAUUCUCGUUAAGUCAGUUGGUGGAAACUAACUCAAAUAUAAAGUACAUGUUUUUUGACAUUCUUUUUUUUAUUUUAUGAUGCAUCUUGGAUCAAUAUGUUGUAAAAUUCUAUGCAUCCGUAGUUCAGACAGCUAACAAACAACAAUCCAAAAUUUUCUUAAAUUUUAUCAUUUUUGCUGACUUUACCCGGUGAAGUUAAUUCCAUUGUUCUCAUUGAUGUUUGCUAUGGUCACAUUGUUUUAUCUAUGACAAAUCCUUUCCCCUGCAUUUUCUACAUCAAAAGAAAAUCCGCUGAUAUUUCAUCUGGAAUGUGCCACACUGUUUACAUACUGCCCAUCUUUUUGCUGAAUUAGUAGAUGUGUUUGCUUUUGCUUUAC